AUGCCAGGUGAUACCCUGGUGCAGGAGCGCCGCGGCUGGGCGGAUCGCCAGCUGUCAAUUCGGAUGGGACGUCCCGUGGGGCCUGAUCUAGGCUCCGGACACUUGUUCAAUUGGCACAAGUUUACGUCGUACUUGCGCAAAGUGUGGGGUGACAACCAAAUGUACAGCAGCGCGCUGCGUGAGUUGGGAGAGAUUUACCAACGAGGCUCGGUGGACAAGUACGUUGGUCGAUUCCGGGCUCUGGCCGUUACGGCAGAGGCCCAGCCGGAGCGCACCCUCCUCACCUUCUUCCAGCGCGGUCUCAACACCAAGCUCCAUCAUUGUCUCGCUCAUAUGGACAACGCGAGGCUCAGCUCGUACAUCUCCGCAGCAAUCCGAGAAGAUCGCAAGGUGCGCAAGGAGAGGGAGGACGCGGCACGGUGGCGCUUGUCGUCCAAAACGUUGUCGACGUCGACGAACGCCGUCGCCGCCGUCCAUCGUCCCGCUGCGGAAGCAGCCCCUGGGCCUUCUCGGCUCGCCCCUCGCGGAGGCAAUGCUCCUCGCCCAUCGCCUGUUGCCGGCAUCACUGCCGAGCAGUACAGACAGCGGAGCAAAAGCAACCUCUGCCACCUGUGCGGAAGCCCGGACCACCGUCGGGCUAACUGCCCCCGUCGCAACAAAGCGGCAAUGCUGCAGCUGAUGGCUGCUAAACUCGAUCAUGAGGACGAGCAGCGUCAGCUACAGGAAGAGGACGACCUGGACGCCAACGAGGAAGAGUUCCGCGAGGAGCUCCUUCCCCUGUCUGGGUUAGGGUUAGGGUUACAAGGGGGUUCCCAAUAG